UGCCUAGAUUUAAGAAGGGUAAAUGAGGCGGUGAUAAGGGAAAGAUUCCCAAUGCCAGUUGUAGACGAAUUGUUGGCUCGAAUAGGAACAGGGAAAGUUCGCAGCAAACUGGACAUUCGUGAUGCAUUCCUUCAAACGGAGCUUGCACCCGAAUCCCGGGACAUCACGACGUUUAUUACCAGCCGUGGCCUUUUUAGGUUCAAAAGGCUCCCGUUUGGCCUGGUAUCGGCACCAGAGAUUUUUCAGAAGGUCAUGGAUGAGAUUUUAUCAGGAUGCGAGGGAACAGUUUGCUAUCUCGAUGAUAUUUAUGUCGAGGGAAAGGAUGUAGAAGAACAUGACAUUCGACUCAAGAUAGUCUUCGAUAGGCUGACUAAACGGGGAGUUGUUUUGAAUAUGCAGAAAUGCAUAAUCAGAGUAUCGGAACUGCAAUUUUUGGGACACGUCAUCAGCCCAAAUGGGAUUCGACCAUCACCCUCUAAGGUAGAGGCACUGUUAUCUUUUCGACAGCCUGAAAACGUAUCUGAAAUCAAGAGUUUCCUCGGGCUGGCUAACUAUCUUAAUAAAUUCAUACCUAAUCUAGCAGCCGUGGACGAACCACUCCGAAGACUUUUACAUCAAACAGCUAAAUUUUCGUGGGGUCAGGAACAGCAACAUGCAUUUGAUGUCAUUAAGCAGGCGCUGACGAAGGAUAACAAUCUAGGGUACUACAAUUGCAAGGACGUGACAUCGGUGAUUGCAGAUGCAGGUCCUACUGCCUUAGGUGCUGCUCUUAUCCAGACCAACAACCAGGGUGAACAUCGCGUGAUUUGCUUCGCCUCCAAGUCGCUGACCGAGACAGAGAGGAGAUAUUGCCAGACGGAAAAAGAGGCAUUGGCGUUAGUUUGGAGUGUCGAAAGGUUCCAAAUGUACCUCCUUGGAAAAUCGUUCGAUCUAAUAACGGACUGCAAAGCGCUAUUAUAUCUCUUCAAUCCCAGAUCCAAACCAUGUGCGAGAAUUGAAAGGUGGGUUCUUCGUCUUCAAGGAUUCCAGUACAAUGUCAAGCAUAUACCCGGACAUAAGAACAUAGUAGACGCGCUCUCCAGGUUAUCCACUCUCAAACCAGUACCGUUCGACGUUGCUGAGGAGCUUUUUGUUAACGGAGUUGGACAGGCCGCAGCUUCAACUGCAGCUAUACGUUGGGAGGAAGUAGAUCGUACCUCCGAGCAGGAUGAAGAAAUUAUGCAGAUUUUUGAGUCUAUUAGCAGUGGUCGUUUAUUUGAACUUCCGAUGGAAUAUCGCGGCGUGGGAAGAGAGCUUUGUCGGGUAGGGAAUGUGCUGAUGCGGGGUGAUCGCGUGGUUGUUCCUAAGAGGUUGAGAGAACAAGUGUUGAGUCUGGCUCACGAAGGCCAUCCGGGCACUAGGAUGAUGAAGAGUCACCUUCGGUCUUCGGUAUGGUGGCCUAAGCUAGACUCUGAUGUCGAAGCGUAUGUGAAACAAUGUAGAGGGUGCUUACUCACAUCAGCUCCGGACGCCCCGGAACCAAUGAGAAGACGAGAUCUACCAUCUGCUCCGUGGGAGGAUAUAGCAAUCGAUUUUUUGGGGCCGUUGCCCGAGGGGCAGUUUCUACUUGUUGUGGUAGAUUACUACAGCAGAUACUACGAAGUUUGUGAAAUGGCAACUAUCACAGCUGAAGACACCAUAAAGGAGUUAGUGACCAUUUUCAGCCGACAUGGAAUACCGGUUACACUAACUGCAGACAACGCUCCACAACUUAGCGAGGAUUGUGAACUUUUCUCCAAGUUUUGCAAAGAUUUCGGUAUUCUACUAAUAAACACAAUUCCCUACUGGCCUCAAAUGAAUGGGGAAGUGGAGCGCCAGAAUAGAACCAUUUUGAAACGUUUGCAGUUCGCUCAGGAGCUAGGCCAGGAUUGGCGCAGGGAACUUCAAAAGUUUCUUCUCACUUAUCGAGCUGCAUCCCAUUCUACGACCGGUCGCUCACCAGCAGAGCUGCUAUUUGGCAGGAAAAUACGCACAAAACUUCCACUCAUGGUAUCAAGCCGGGACGAUGAGGAAUUAAGGGAUCGCGACGCUAUGGUUAAGCAGAAAGGAAAGGAAUACAGCGACAAACACAGGAACGCACAGGAGAGCGAAGUGUCAGUAGGAGAUCGGGUAUUGAUGAAAAGAUUCAAGAAGGACAACAAGCUGAGCACACCAUUUAGCAAUGAAGAAUAUGUGGUGCUAACCAAAACGGGUUCUGAUACUACAGUGAAAUCUACGGUAUCCGGGAAGGAGUACAGGAGAAAUACUUCUCAUCUCAAAAAGAUACCGAAAAGAAUGGACAAAGAGGCGCAUGACGACGGUACAACUGAGAGGACUUCGAUGAUGAGAACAUCUGCGGAAACUGAUGACCCUGGUGCAGCUGAUCAUGUAAAUACAAAUGCGGAACAUGAAAGAAAACGGAUGCGCAAGGAACCGGCUUGGUUUCAAACGUACGUGCCGCAUUAGUUCAGGAUGUUUUGAGGGGGAUGUAGGGGCGCAUCCCGAACAACACAUACAACUAUACAACGAAUGAUGGUACCUGUUCAAGAUUAUCCAUCCUGAAAGAAGAGAGAACUGUCAAGUGUCACGAGCGGGAAAGGGGAUACGGUUUUAGUGCGUGCGAGGUUUUGGACGUGUUUUAUGAAGCAGUGAAAAUAAAGAGGUUUUUUGAUAAUCGGAAUUCAAUAGUGUGGCAAGUUCUUAUUUUAUUGUUCGGAAUACCUUUACAAAAAUAGAUUCAGGUGUAACUUCGUCGGCAUGAAAAUCUCAUUGUUAUGUAUACAAAAAAUUCUAAAAUAUUUUUUUUAUGGCAAAUUUAGCCAAUGCUAAUAGGGAUAAAAGGCAAACACAAAACGCACUUAACAAUAUUUUUUGGCAAAUAUAUCUAAGAAAAAUCUCUCGGAUGAAAGCUCAGAGGAUUCAGAGUUUUCGACAGGCUCUGAUCAUGAUGUCACAUACUAUCCCACGGAACAAAAUGAAACUUCGAAAAGUUCAGAUGGGUCGUUGCGACAGGUAGUUUAUAAAAAAUUACAUUAAGUCUUUUAAGGAAUAUUUACAUAACUGUCUAGGAAAGAGGCCUGGUAUAAUUAGACCAAAAAAAGAAAAAUUAAACAUCCACGGUUCUUCUGGAGAAUCAGAAGUUGCUGCUGCUGCAGUUGCUAGCGAGAAUGAGUCCAUUCCUGGAGAGUCAACUGGCCAUUCAUCAAGACCCCAAAAACGCCAACGAAAUCAGGCAGUCUGGAAACUCAUCUUGCGAAAAAAGCUACGAAACCAAGGGGAAGCGUACGUUGGUUCUACCGGAAAAAGCGACCAGCUAAACAGUUAAUUUCAAUGAAUGAACACAUAUGCAGGUAUUCUUGUGUAUCCAUUAAGGAAAAAGAGAGAUUGAAAGUUUUCAAUAAAUUCUGGGAAUUAGGAUAGUGGAACUUGCAAACCUCGUUCAUUAUAAGUUGCAUAGAAAUUUGAAGCCCGAAAACGCAGAAAAUUAAAUGUGUGAACAAAAACAAAACAUCUAGUAUCGUACUGA